GCGGGCGCCGCACAUACUGCAGUGGCGCGCGGAGAGCGCCCCACGUGUCCCACCAGAGGCGGCCCUGAGUUCCCCCAGCUCCCUUUGCUUUCGCGAUCCAGGGCGCCCCCUUGGACUCCUUGUUGUGCGCCCACGCCCAGCCCGCGUGAGCAGGGCCCCGCACAGUUCCCCGCGUUCAGUGGGCCAACUUGGAGGAGCAACUUUGUCGGGGAAGCUGCGCCAGGGACACCGGGCACUGCGCAUGCGGAGCUCCAAAUUCAAACAGCUGUUCCCAGAGGCUGGAGGGCGGGUAGACCCGGAGCCACUGGGGCUUGGGAACGCUUUCUCCAGGAGGCGGUCUCUCGGGAGCCAUGGUGGACCGGGGCCCUCUGCUCACCUCGGCCAUCAUCUUCUACCUGGCCAUCGGGGCGGCGAUCUUCGAGGUGCUGGAGGAGCCGCACUGGAAAGAGGCUAAGAAAAACUACUAUACACAGAAACUGCAUCUACUCAAGGAGUUCCCGUGCUUGGGCCAGGAGGGCCUGGACAAGAUCCUGCAGGUAGUAUCUGAUGCUGCAGGACAGGGCGUGGCCAUCACAGGGAACCAGACCUUCAACAACUGGAACUGGCCCAACGCAAUGAUUUUUGCGGCCACGGUCAUCACUACCAUCGGCUAUGGCAACGUGGCCCCCAAGACCCCUGCCGGGCGCCUCUUCUGUGUCUUCUAUGGUCUCUUCGGGGUGCCACUCUGCCUGACGUGGAUCAGUGCCCUGGGCAAGUUCUUCGGGGGACGUGCAAAGAGGCUGGGCCAGUUCCUCACCAAGAGAGGCGUGAGCCUGCGGAAGGCGCAGAUUACGUGCACCGCCAUCUUCAUUGUGUGGGGUGUCCUGGUCCACCUGGUGAUCCCGCCCUUCGUGUUCAUGGUGACCGAGGAGUGGGACUACAUCGAGGGCCUCUACUACUCCUUCAUCACCAUCUCCACCAUCGGCUUCGGUGAUUUUGUGGCCGGUGUGAACCCCAGCGCUAACUACCACGCCCUGUACCGCUACUUUGUGGAGCUCUGGAUCUACCUGGGGCUGGCCUGGCUGUCCCUCUUUGUCAACUGGAAGGUGAGCAUGUUUGUGGAGGUCCACAAGGCCAUUAAGAAGCGGCGGCGACGGCGGAAGGAGUCCUUCGAGAGCUCCCCGCACUCCAAAAAGGCUCUGCAGAUGGCGGCGCACACGGCCUCCAAGGAUGUCAACAUCUUCAGCUUUCUGUCCAAGAAGGAGGAGACCUACAACGACCUCAUCAAGCAGAUUGGGAAGAAAGCAAUGAAGACGAGUGGGGGUGGGGAGAGGGGCCCGGGCCCGGGGCCGGGCCCUCAGGGGAAUGGGCUGCCAGCCAUCCCGGCCUCCCUGGCCCCACUGGUGCUCUACUCUAAGAACCGGGUGCCCAGCUUGGAGGAGGUGUCUCAGACACUGCGCAGCAAAGGCCACGUGUCGCGGCCCCCCAGCGAGGAGGCCAGGGCGGAGACCCCCGGGGACGGCUCCUCGACCCCCGAGGUAUUCAUUAACCAGCUGGACCGCAUCAGUGAGGAGGGGGAGCCGUGGGACGCCCAGGACUACCACCCGCUCAUCUUCCAGAACGCGAGCAUCACCUUUGUGAACGAGGAAACCAGCCUCUUGGACGAGGAGACGUCCAAGUCCUCCCUGGAGGACAACCUGGCCGGGGAGGAGAGGCCCCAGGAGGAGGCGGAGGCUGAGGUGCCCAUGAACUUGGGCGAGCUCCCCUCGUCAGACGAGUCCACCUUCACCAGCACCGAGUCGGAGUUCUCUGUGCCUUACGAACAGCUUAUAAACGAGUACAAUAAGGCAAACUGCCCCCGAGGCACGUGAGGCGGGGCCGGCUCCCCACUCCACCUUUGAUGGCUUCCGUUCCCCUCAUCCUGGGGCAUCCUACGGUGGCUGGGACCCCCAGGAACUGGGAGUGGGGGGCCAGGGGCCUUCCUCACCUUCCAUCCCCUCCAGCUAGAUGCUACCUGUCCAGCACGGCGUGUGCCCAGGACAGGGCCUCUGUUCUCUAGCUGAACGGGCGCCCUGGCAGUGGGAGGCGUCUGUCCUGAGCACCGCUGGUGGAUUUGAUGGUUCAAAGACUUGUGUUGGCUGGCAGAACUGACUCUGAAGAGGCCACUGUGAGGGUCCUCGCCUCAUCAUUCGGUUGAGAAUGUCACACGGUUCUCUUAGGCUGGGUCCUCAGCCAUUUGAGCUUGCUAGUAUUCAUGAGCUCCUUCUGUGUGCCCAGCCCUGAGCCAGGCACUUCAAGAGGGGCAGGCAGUGUGAGACCUGGGCCCUGCCUUUGCUGGAGGUACAGCUCAUGUGUGGGACUAGCACUUCAGGCCCCGCCUGGGGCAAGGAUUUCACCACCCCCCAAUCCCGGGAACCUGUCUGCCUGACUGGCCCCUACUGCAAAACUCAGCAGGGAAGAGGUCGCCUCGGGGAAGGCAGCGAGGAGAGGAUGUGUGGGUACUGCAACACUCCUGAUACGGGGGACCCAGAGCAAGUCCCAGGCUGCCCGGGUCCUGGUCCUUGUUGAUUUGCUGGGACCAAGCGGAGCCCAGAGACCGGGUCCUUGUCUCAGAUACCCUCUGGCAAGUGAUGUAGAUGCAGGCCUUCUGCCUCCUGGGAAGUGGUGGGAGGGAGGGAAGGUAGUAGCAGGCCAUGGCCACUGAGGCUGGGGUUCCUGGAGCUGGUGAGCAGGGAGCUGCGGGAGUGAGCUCAGCUCUGGCUCAUCCUGCACCGCGUCCCCCGCACCCCCCACCCCACCCCCUCAUCUCCCCGUGCCCAGAACGAGGACCUCACAGCUCCCAAGUUUGCCCUUGGCUCACAGAAGGGUAAUGGCCAGAUAUGUGAAUCCAGCUCCUCCCUCCAGCCUCUGGACCUCGUGCGUGCGUGUCAGGAAAGGACGUGGAUGGAGGAAGCAAAAGAUAAUGUGAAACUGUUUCUGGUUGAGGGACUGGCAGAGUUCUUGGGCUCUCCAUGCUGCACACCCUGGGGCCAGCCCACUCUGCCCUGCAUGUUUUGUUUUGUUAUUUUUUUAAAUAAACUGCUGUUUUUCUAUGCCUGGCAUCUGUAAUUGGCUUCAGAGCCAGAGAGGAGAGAAGGGAAAAAAACAGGGUCCCAAGGAUUUUGAUGUUCAGUGUUCACCCUCUUACCCCCAACUCAUUUGGACCCUUGGUGACCUCAGCCAAGGUCAUGAUGUCAAGAGUCUCCACACGGUAGGGGAGAGGUCACUGACCCACAGGGGAGCAAAGUCGGGAGGGCACCCAUCACAGGCAGUGGAUUCUGCGCAGCAGGUGAGUGAUCACCCUCGACCCAAACACCCUCCCGCUUCUUAACCCCCCUCCCCAGUAUUGUGUGGCCAAACGGCCCCAGAACUGCACCCUGCCCCCCAACAUGUGAAGACAGGGACGGGCGUGUCUGCCCACACCCGCACUUAUCCUGUAACGGAUACGCUGGCCCGGCAGCGGGGUGAGAAAGCCGUCUUCUAUUUUUCUGUGAAAUGUUUUAAUGAGCUCGUUUUAGUUUCCUCACCCCACCUUGCUGGGGUGUCACUGGCUGUCCUGGAAUCACACACACUGUAUGUACAUACUGCCGAUGAUGUCAAAUGUAAUUUAUUUUAACAUUUUUACAAUAAAACAUGAGAUGGAAA